AGGAUUCAGACCGUGAGCGCGACGGACCCCGACGAGCCGCUCGGAGGCCAUCGCUUCGUCUUCAGUCUGGCCCCAGAGGCCAACGGCAAGGCAAACUUCUCUGUUCGUGACAACAAAGAUAACACCGCCUGGAUCCUAACCCGGAGGAACAGCUACAACAGCCUCCAGAAGAGCAUCUACCACGUUCCCGUGGUGAUCACGGACGGAGAGUUCCCGGAGCAGAGCAGCACCAACACGCUCACCAUCAGGGUGUGCACCUGCGACCGCGAGGGCAACAUGAAGCUGUGCAACCCCGAAGCGCUGACGGCGAGGGCGGGGCUCAGCACCGGCGCCCUGGUGGCCAUUCUGCUCUGCGUCGUCAUUCUGCUCAUGAUCGUGGUGCUGUUCGCCGCCCUGAGGAGGCAGAGGAAGAAGGAGCCUCUGAUCAUCUCCAAAGAGGAUGUCAGGGACAACGUCGUCAGCUACAACGACGAGGGCGGAGGAGAGGAGGACACUCAGGCCUUUGAUAUCUGCACGCUGCGCAACCCGGAGGCCAUCGAGGAGAGCAAACAGAGGCGGGACAUCAUCCCCGAGACCUUCUACCCUCCGGUUCGACGGCCCGUGGUGCCGCCGCCGAGCCGGGACAAUAACGGCGACGUGAGAGACUUCAUCAACCAGCGGCUGCAGGAUAACGACAGCGACCCGACGGCGCCGCCUUACGACUCGCUGGCCACCUACGCCUACGAGGGAAACGGCUCCGUGGCGGAGUCCCUCAGCUCGCUGGAGUCGGUGACCACCGAGGGCGACCAGGACUACAACUACCUGAGCGAGUGGGGGCCCCGAUUUAAGAAGCUGGCGGACAUGUACGGCGGCGACGACAGCGACUCCUAACAAGAGCCUGGCACACGGACGGAAAGCGUGGCGUAAAAACCCGAACGUUCAGGCGGUUUGGCCCUGCGGACACGCCGUCGGUGGAACGUUGAGAAGAACCGGCCGGCGGCGUCCUGUCGUCCCUCCGGUGACCAGACGUAGGCUUUGUGUGUCCAGUCAGUGUUAGUUGCGUUUUUUGCAGGGACGCAGUGAAGACUCUUUUUGUGUGUGUAAACAGGGUCCAAACCAGACCCAAAUAUAUCGACAGAUUUUAUUUGGUUGUUUCUUUUUUUCCAAAGCUGCCUGUGACUUACGGACUCCCUACAAGCAGUUUGGUUACCUACAGAUAUGCCGACGUAUUUUUCAGUGUUUCUGAGACUUAAACUAAAUGCUGCAUAUUGUGAGUUCUAUCUUAGCUUGUGUAUGUACGGUUAUAUGAUACAAUCCGCUGUACAGUUUUCUUUUUUAUCUCACCUCCAGUUUGACCUGAAUCCAACUCAAUUCAUCCAGGAGGUACAGUUUGUCAAACCUUCACAAGAAGCUGUGUGUAAGCAGCUCUGAGGUCUUUGAGUUAAAAUACCAAAUAUUUCCUCAAUAUGGAGGAAUGUCAUCAGUUUCUCUCUGAUCCACUGAAGAAAAUAUUGUUUUUUUUGCUAAAUUCAUGAGACAAAAGGUCCAAAAAGUUGAAAAACUGUCCUGUUUUACCUUGGCUAGAACUUUUUAUGUGGUGUUUGAUUCUUCCUCCUAGAACAGAAGAAA